AUGACAAGCAAAACUAAACCAACGGUCUCAGCCGCUAUCGAUGCAGACAACGACAUUACCUCUCCUCUUGACUUUUCUUACAAAUGUUUGGCGGGAAUUCAAGGUUUGUUUUGGUAUUCGAUUCGAUAUUGCCCACUUACAACCACAGUUGCAUUUUUCUCUUUUUAUCAAGGCGCUAAUAUUUUUGUCAUCGUAUUUCUCACUUUGUAUAGAUGCUAUGGAAGAAGAGCCGAGAGCAGGUCCUCACAAAUUUAUCCGCGUGGAGGUAUUUGUAGAAGUUCACAGCUACUUCAGUUUCUUCGCAGAAGCCCCUUUCCCCACUGGGGGAGUGGGGGGGGUGGGGGGGGGGGGGGUAUUUUACAGAUCGCCGAACGCCAAACGACUUCGAAGUUUAGUGAUAAGAGUUAGGAAACUUAUUGAUUCACUCAUCAAUGUUGUGCCUCAGGGGAGACCACAGGCUAGGGUGGGGUGGCGAUCAGACAUAAUUUUGGAGUCAAAAUUCCCCACACUAGAGCCAAUGUUUUGUUUUUUUUUUCAAAGUUCCUCACUAUGGGCUUAAUUUUCCGAGAGUACACAGGGAAUUUGAAUCGCACUAAAGUAGGGAUUUGCCUUAGCUUGAGAAAACAGCUGACAUUUUGUGACGCCACCACUGGUUUCCCCGCAAAAUGAUGACUGAGAAAUGAGUGCAGAAAUUCCAUACUGAUGAUGCGUCACCACCCAGAUCUAGGUAGUUCUUCUGAUUGGUUGGAAAUUCUUUGUUACCUUUGGGCGAAGUUGAUUUGUCUUCAUAACAAAAAGUGUAGCUGGAUGUUUUGAGAAAUUUACCUUUUUCUUGUCUGCAGAAAUAUGAUGAAGCAGGAAAUGUCAAAGUAAAGUACAAAGCAAAUUCACUUCGGUUCUGCUACAAUGCCAUCUCUGAUCUCCAGAGUUUCUGUUCCACGCUUGAACAUUUUUUGGAAGAUCCUUCAGACUUGGGCUGGCUUGACUUGUCCUUUAAUGAUAUAUCAACCAUUGAUGAGGUAAAUUAGUGUAAAUAUUUACCAUAUACCAUUUGUUAUAAAUAGAGACCAAAACAUGUAACCUACAUAUAACAGGUCAGGUGGUGCACAACAAAGGGGUGAUCUGGACAGCUAGCAGGCUUGCUGCUCUAUUAAUAUUUUGGGUCAGGUUGUACUGCUUAUUAAAAUAUAGUGCUUAUUAUAGCAGAGCUUAACAACUCAAAUUUACUAGUACUAUGUAAAGCCAGUCCUUUUACAGCUCUUUAACAUACUUUUGAAGCACCUCUCAUGACUUCUCUUGAAGUCAUGCUGCAAGAGUGCUGCUCAUUUUGUACACCAGACAGUGUUCAGCUUAAGUAUUUCUGCCAUGUGAGGGGUACAAAAAAAAUAUAUGCCCGUGGGGGGUACUCAUCCAAUAUUUGGGUAUAGGUGAGCUGCUGAGGGUUUUGAAACCCUGACUCUCUUUAGGACCAAAAAUUCCUAAAAAAGAGUUUUGGGCAUCAGUUUUGGUUCUUUUUUACCAGACAGUGACUUGAAGAUAGCUUGACUAGACAUUUUUUAGCAGGGUUUAAAUAUUAGAGUAAUGGGCUAUUUUCAUGAUGACGACAAUUGACUACAACUACCAGAAUUCGUUUAAUUUUUGCUUUCUUUUUCAAAUUAUUUUGUCAAUCCCACUGCAGAUUUAAAAAACAAUAGCCCUUUAGCUAAUUUGCCCAGGAAAACAGUAACCGGUCUUACAUGAAUUUUGAUGUCACAUAAUGCAAACUUGCAUAUUUAAUUUCAAACUGAUGAUCAAUACAGUUAUAAGUAAGUAGUAAUUUGCUCUUUUUCCAGGUAAUACUUCAGUACCCUAACAUAAAGAUUCUGUACUUGCACUCAAACGACAUCAAGAAACUUUCCGAAAUUGACAAACUUGCUGCAUUACCUGAACUUCGCAAAAUAACUUUGCAUGGAAACCCUAUAGAAGAUCUUCAAGGCUAUAGACAAUAUGUUAUCUCCACUCUACCGCGCUUAAAGACACUUGACUUUGUCGCAGUCACAAAUCAAGACAGAUCAGAUGCAAUGACUUGGAGGGAACUAAAGUCUAAGAAGAAAUAAGAUUUCCCAGACAGGAAAUAGCAUGGAGCAAGAAUUUAAUUGAACUGUUUUAAUACUGUCAAGAGAUAUCAAUAUAUUAAUAUCUUAAGACAUUAACAUCAGUCCUGAGCAUUCUUGAUAUCUUUUGACGCAUAUGUUGUGGCUCAAUUUUGUUCUUGGUUUAAAUUUUAUAUUUUUCCUUUGUCUUUGAUAAGAUAAUGAGUCUGAGAUAAAUAAGAUGUAAACCAAGGAUAAAAUUGAACCACAACAUAAUGUAUUUACCUAUCAUCAGCCUUUUAUUUUUGGGAUCUUUGCUAGUUGAUUGACGUAUAUUCUUUUUAUUCCAGUGCAAAAUUUAUAGCACUAGGUACUUUUUGUAAAUUGCAGGACUGUACAUUUUAUUUAUCCAGUAAGAAUGAGAUAAAUCUGCUAACAGCAUUUUCACAACCAAAAUUUCUGUCAGGUUUUCACUGAACAUUUCUGGGAUCAACCUUCUGCUGUGAAUACAGUUAUUAGGAUAUUUCCCGAGAGUGAUGUCUUCAUUUUUGCCUUUUGCAGAAAUUCCAUACUGAAAUUAAUGAUGAAUGAAAAUCAUAAUAUUAAAACUGGGGGAGGAAGAAUUAAGAGUGGUUGUAGAUCAUUGUGGUUAAGGAAGCAACUUUUGCAGUUUCAUAAAGAAAGCCUGAAAAAAUCCAACUACAGAAUAAAUAUUUACCGUAAUUAGAUUCCAUACUGAUGGAGAUAAUCAUUGUUUAUAUGUUAGUUAACCAGUCAGUCAGUACCAGAUAUAUAGAUUUAAUUGAGUUUCCGUUCCUCCCUUUUGAUUAUCUUACAAUUUUUAUUCUUAGCUAUAAAGUUUUGCUGUGAAUUUUAAUAGGGCCUGCAAAAUUCAAACUGUUCUGUUAAAGCAAAUAUAUCCCUAGAAAAUAAGUGUUUCUUGGUAGAUUAUUAAAGGGCAGUACAUUUGAUGUUGUGACCUUUUGUGUUUUGUCUGUUAUUUGUAAACAAUAGCUGCUGACAAAGUGCAAUAACAUUUUAUUACUACUUCAACCUUUCAGAGCUCCUGACCAGAUUGUGAUAAGUAAGAAAUUUGUAAGGCAAAAACAUAGACUUUUCUCUUCCAAAAUGUCCCCAGUGACUGAGAACAGUGAGAAGUGGUUGUAUUUGUAGGCUUAAUAAUUGUAAGCUGGUAACUACAAUAAUAUAUAGGUUAUUAAAUGGCUC